AUGAAGCUCAUUCUUCGUUGGCAACACCUUGCCCCAACUUGCCCCGACACCGUCGACGGAUUUCCCUUUGAUAAACGGGAUCCAUUUAUAAUUGACGAUGAAUUCCCCCAUGUAAUGGUUGUCGGAAAUCAACCAUCGCUGGAAUCUGGCUGGUUUGAAGGAGAGAAUGGAGAAAAAUGCCGUUUAAUUUCUAUUCCUCGUUUUUCUCGCACUCAAUCAAUCGUUCUGCUGGAUCUCAAUACUAUGGAAGUGGUGGAAGAGCAGUUUGCGAAGGCUUGA